AAAAGUGUCAAACAACGAAUUGAGUGGGAAUCGGCAGGCAGACCCAGAAUAGAAAAAAUAGUAAAUUAAUUGAAAAAUCGGAAGUAUUUGCAAGCGAAUUCGCACACUUUAUUAAAAAUUUCGCUCAUCAGCCAUUGGCUAAUUAAAAGGGAACAUCCAGAAACUGGCAAACAGCAAGCACGAAUGCGAUAAAAAGCUCCAUGCCAUAAAAACUAUCUACAACGAGCCGGAGCGCGUACGUAAUUUCAUUAGUCGCGGCAAAUCAAUGGACCGCGAUGACUUCGACUACACAGCGCUUCAUUACGCAGCGCGCAAUGGCAAUUUAGAAAUAUGCAAAAUGCUAAUCGAAGAUGGCAAGGUCGAUGUGGAUGCUGUUACAAAAGCAGGUGCUACGGCACUACAUCGCGCUGCUAUGAUGGGUAAUUUAAAUGUAGUCAAAUUAUUGGUGGGCGCCAAGGCCAAACUCCAAUUGCAAGAUGAAUAUGGUCAGACAGCACUUCAUCGGGCCGCUAUACGUGGUCACUUGGAAGUUUGCAAAUUUCUGCUCGAAAUGGAUCCAAAAUUGAAGGAAAUUAAGGAUAAGAAAGACAAAAUUGCAUACGAGUAUAUAAUGGAGAACGCCAAUGAUGAUUUCAAAAUAUUACUUAAGCCUUAAAGUCAAAACGCAAACGAAACCGCUAAAAUUUAAAAAUCAAGUUGCAUAUACUACAUAUACCAUGAAGUAGCAAAAAUAGAAAUGCUAUCACAAAAUAUCUAAAAGCUGCAUUUUUACACCAAAACACUAAGUAAGCGUACGUACAUCACAUUCAUGGAUUCAAUUGCGUGCACAUCUACUUAUUUUCAAAUAUAAAUACAUACAUACAUAUUUGCAGUCUACACAUUCUUCAGCACUUUUCUACACAGUGCGUACCUUGCCUUAUAUAUUUUUGCGCAACUAUCAUUGGAAUAAAUAUUCGGACAAUUGGAUGUUUCAAAUU